CACCAACCAUCACAGCCCCUCUUGUUUUUUCAACCAUCGCUUCCCCAAUUUUAUCUACCACCACGGAAAUGCCUUCUAGAGACGCUUCCCACGCAGGAUCGUGGUAUUCGGGCAGUCAACGCACCCUGACCCAACAGCUUGACGGAUGGCUUGCUCAAGUCCCUAGUGAGAUCAGUGGUAUCGGUCCCUUGCCUGUUCCUGGGGCCCGUAUCAUCAUCGCCCCACAUGCUGGCUAUGCAUAUUCAGGGCCAUGUGCUGCCCACGCGUACCGAGCCUUGGACUUGUCGAAAGCGAAACGGAUCUUCGUCCUUGGGCCUUCGCAUCACCAUUAUCUGACGACGCUUGCCCUCCCUCAACUUACUUCCUAUUAUACCCCACUUUCCGAUGACCCUCUCCCGCUGGACACAGACCUCAUUGCUACGUUGCUUUCGACCAAAGCUGUCAAGCCAAACGGAUCCACCAUCAAAUUUGAUACUAUGACCCGGUCGAUCGACGAAGACGAACACAGUAUCGAGCUCCACCUUCCCUACAUCCAUCGUCUCCUACAGCUCCAGCACCCAGACACGCCCACCUCACAAUACCCCCCACUCGUUCCGAUCAUGGUGGGGAAUACUUCAGCAUCCACCGAGCAGGCAUUCGGGGCUUUGUUGGCUCCAUACCUUGCAGACCCGUCGAAUGCUUUCGUGAUCAGCUCCGACUUUUGUCACUGGGGCCUGCGCUUCCACUAUACUUACUAUGUUCCCCAAGCUGACAAGCCAGGGCCCAAACUCCCCAUUUCUACCGAUUCCCUCCCUCAGCCGGGAGGUGAUAUUGACGCCAUAGAAGAUAAGAUGGAAGUAGCUUCUGCCGGCCACGUUCUGCAACGACGAGAUCGUAUCCAGAGAGGCGAACCAGCCAUUCACGAAAGUAUCUCCUCAUUCGACAUUGCAACCAUGGCGGCUAUAACCACCGGCGUUACGGAUAAUUUCUUGGAUAUCCUCCAGAAGACCGGGAAUACCGUGUGCGGACGCCAUCCGAUCGGAGUCAUCAUGGCUGGUAUUGAGAAAAUCACGAACGUAGAGGAGGGCACCAAGGGCAAAUUCCAUUUUAUUAGAUACGAGCGCAGUUCUGAUGCAGUUGAUGUGUCUGAUAGCUCUGUGAGCUAUGUUUCUGCAUUUGCUGUGCUGUAAUGCUUCAUUUUGCAGAAUAAGGCCUUUGGCCCCAUUCCUUUACGGUGUUUUAUCCGAUAGAGCGAAUGCGACAUUUGUCCAAGUUCGAAUAUUUUGAUAGAAUAUUGAGCAGUUCUAUAAUAAAGCCAAGUAAUUACACAGGCAUUAAUGAAGUGAGGUCAUGCUAGAUCGAGUCAUUGCGAGUAUAGUUAAUGCCAUCAUUUCUCACCGU